AGAGGGUGCUAAUGAUAACAGCAAGGGGUAGAUAAACCCGCCAAAUCUGGAGGUCUUUAAUCCAUUUCCCGGUUUCUCCCCAUUCGAGCAAUUAUAUGGAAGCCCUACACUUCUGCCGUCAACCGCCGCUACCAGAAGGCCUACAAUCGAUGACCUCAUUUCCGGCUAAAUUUCUGGCAACGGUUCGCUUAAGUGCCUCCAACUAUAGGUUUUUCUGCGCCUCGUCAUCUUCAACCAUUACAACCGUUGAAGAACUAGUUCAGGAACAACCUUGUAGCAAGAAAGUAGUAGUAUCGAAGAGGAGUGGAAGGAAACCUGUUCUUAAGCUUGUCAACUCUCAGCUGAAGGAAGAUUGGUUGGACUCUCUUUCCCCCCCUUCCCUUUCGGAACACUUGCCUACAGUGAACGGAGGAAUUGAUGAUUCUAAUAGUAAUCUCGCUUCCAAAUGGGUUAUUGGCAUUGAUCCGGACAUUUCUGGAGCUUUGGCCCUCUUACAGUCGGAUAGUCCCGACUGUUCCCCUCAGGUAUUUGAUUCUCCUCAUGUAAAAGUGCUGAUAGGCAAAAGAGUUAGAAGACGGUUAGAUGCCAAGUCUAUUGUUCAAUUGCUUCGAAGUUUCAAUGCUCCAAUUGGAACUACAGCAUACUUAGAGCAAUCAAUACCAUUUCCUCAAGAUGGCAAACAGGGAUGGUGGAGCGGGGGAUUUGCCUAUGGUCUAUGGAUUGGUAUCUUGGUUGCCUCUGGAUUUUCUGUAGUUCCUGUCCCAUCUGUUACAUGGAAGAAUGAAUUUAAACUGUCUGGAAGCCGCUCAAGCAAGGAUGACAGCAGGGAGCUUGCAUCAACAAUGUUUCCUUCUCUGAGUUCAUCUUUACAGAGAAAAAAAGACCAUGGUCGAGCUGAAGCUUUGCUUAUUGCUGCAUAUGGGAAAAACCUCCAGAUGAACUCGUCUACGAUUUCAAAUGAACUUAGUAGAGAAUGACCAAUUUUUCUGGACAUAGAUUGAUUUGUAAUAGCUAGGGGUGAGCAACCCAACCAUCAUUUAUGACCUGAAAAGCAUUCGAUUUGUUCAAUAUAGGGUUUCAAUUGAGUAACUUAUCUAUUAUGACUCGAUAUAGGGUCUAACCAAAUAGCAAGCAACCUUAUUUGCAAUCACCCCUAGUAUGUACUCAAUAUUGGUUGCUCUUGAAAUAUAUUAUUGUUUAUUUUCAAAAGUAAUUAACAUUUGUUCAUUUA